CGCUACCCAAACGCAACUGGUCGUAGACCGUACAUCGCAUGAGCACCUGCAUAUACGUGACUGAAGUGGAGGCGGAGAGGUCACGCGUGACCUCUUCACCCUCUUGCCAGUCCUCCCUACUGUCCUAGGCACUGUCUCUCCUGUCACCAGCUCACGAACGUCUAUUGCUGUGACAUCGCACAUGGCCUUGCAGGUGGCAAGCAACCUGCGGCGUGGAGGCCCGUCCAGAGGUGGUGGCGGCGAGCCCGUCGGUGGCGCUUGGGCGGCUGCGGUGGGCCCGGCCCCUGAUGUGGGUGGUGGCGAGUGCGACUACGGGACCAUCAUGUCCGCGGCGGACGUCGCGGUGGCCUUGCUGGCUGAUCACAAUGAGGCCCCCAGCCCCAGCGCUGCCUUUGAGGCGGUCCUGCAGCAGGCGCUGUGGGAUCUGCUGCAGGUCGCGGCGCGCGCGGACGCGGAGUUGUUGCGGGCGCUCUGGGCGGAGCCCUUCUAGUGUGCUGACCCGGUUUGGCGGCGUGUUAGUUCGUGUGUGCCUGCGUUUGGCCGUGCGCCGGCGGUGGUUCCCGUGCGGUAGCUGGUCUGCUUUGUUGUGGUGGUCGGUUCGCUGCUGCCUGUGUGCCCCGGCUUGCGGGGGGCCCGUGACCUGUUUUGCUGCGGGUUGGUGCGUGCGUGACUGCACGUGGUCGUGCGCCUGUGGUGGCUCCUGUGUAGUCGCUGGUCUGCUUUGUUGCUGGGUCAGAGCGCGCGGCACUUGGAUCGGCGUGCGUGCGUGGCGGUCGGGUAGCCGCUGCCUGUGUUCCCGGGGCCCGGUUUGCGAUGUGUUGGUGCGGGGGUGCCGGCGCUCUGUUGUGUGUGCGCCUGUGGUGGUUUCCCGUCCUCGCGGUGGUUUGGGCUUGGUGCUGGGUGUUUCUCCUUUCUUUUCUUGUUCCUGCUCUGUCCCCGUUUUGCGUCUGUUUCUUGCUCUGUUCUGUGAGUUUGGUGGUUGCUUCGCCUGUUUGGGCCCCGGUCUGCCCUUGCUUUGCCCCGAAGGGGUGCCCUUGGGUUUCGGUGGCUGGUACGGUGGUCCCUGGCGUCCUGCUUGUUCGCGUUGCAGGUUGCGUUCCAGUGUGGUGCUGCGCCUUCGCCUUCCUUCUCUAUUGUAACCACUCUCAGAAAACAUAGCCUGUGCUGAUGGCGCGUGUGCCUGUGCGGCGGUUUCGGUGCGAGUGUCGACCUGUGGUGCCUAGUCGUGCGUGCCGCCGCUUGGGUAGACAGGUGUGCGUAGUGGUCGGGUAGCGACUGCAUGCUGCAUCGUGUCAUUCGUGUGUCGUGCCCUACGGGUGCCUGUUUCCAAUUCCUGUUUAUUUGUUUACCUCGUCUGUGAGGUGUUCGGUUGCGUCUAGGGGGCAUCCCGUUUGCCUUGGGCUGUCUAUGGGUUUGCGCUAUUGUUGGGGUGGCGGUGCGUCUAGCUAGCUUCGCACGUGCCUCUGUGGUGCGUUGCCUGUCACCUCGCCGUCUCGCCUGCCUCCGCCUCCCUUUCUCCUGCCUUGUAACCUUCCUCUCCU